AUGACUGUGGUGACGAAGAGCGGGGCUCUCCAGCUCUGCAUCUGCAGCCAGAGUGCUGCCAAGAAAGUGCAAGUUGGUAAGGCCUUGGCAGAAAUACCAGCAUCAGAUCAUGAUGUCACCCCUAAGCCAGGUGCCAGACGGGUACUCAGAUGCCGAAGCUUCAUCCUCAUCCUGUUAUCAGAGAUCCGUGUUAAUCCGACCUGUGCCCUGACAGCAACAGAAGAGGCUGUGGAACUAGAGAGCCCUCCUUUCUUGGCUUCCUGGAAGAAGGUAUUUCCGACAGCCACUGCUGUACCCCCUGGACACAGAGCACGCGUGUGUGAGCCUAAGAAAGCCCCCAACAGUUCAAACACUUUGAAAACAACUAGUGGAACAAUGUCAAAAAUUGAUGGGAGGAAAACAGUGGCUCCUCCAGAUUGGGCUAUCCAUGCUGGCUGGUAUGUCAGUAAACCAUCUUUGGUAGAAUUAGAUCAAGUUGAUAAUUUAAUCCUUCCUUUGGAAGCUGUCAAUAUUCACAGCCUCUCAGCACCCCAGUCUGGUCCUCAAGAGCCCUGUCCUUGUACUGAUUGUCAUUAUGGAGCCAUCCCAAUACGUGAUCAUGCUGUGACUAUAGAUGCUGCCAUCCAUGGUUACCCAGAAACUGAUGUAUGGGCACCUAAAAACCUGGGCUUCCGACUUCACAUUGCUUCCAAAGCAGCUUGUUGUGUGGUGACGGAUUUCGGGGAUGGUUCUGGAGUUCAAAUGAGGAUCCACAACAUGUCAGAGGAAAUGGCAUUUACCACCUAUCACCGGUACAGAAAAGAAGGAGUCUAUAUGCUCAAGACAGUUAUUUAUAAUGAGUGUUAUGGAACUGAAGUAGAGCUUGGGCCUUAUUAUGUGGAAAUUGGCCAUGAGACCAUAUCUGUCUUCAUGAAUUCCAGCAGUAUCCAUGCAAAUGAAGUUCUUAUUUUUGCUGGCUCCACCCUGGACGAGAAAUACAGUGUCAUUAUGCAUAAAUUUCCAUCCAUUUCUUCAUAUAAUGUGUCCUUUGCUUCUUCAAUCCAAAUGAAUGAUGGCCUGAGAUGGUACAGCGCGAUUGUUUGGUACCAGAUGCAAUCCAUUUCUGUCUAUACAAAUGGAACCAUAUUCGCCACAGAAACUGACAUCACUUUUGUAGCUGUGACCAAGGAAACAACUCUUCUGGAGUUCAUUUGGUAUUUUGGAGAAGAAACACCUAUGAAGACAACUUCAAGAAACAUUAAGAAAAAACUCAGAAUGCCCCGGUGGUAUCAAGUGACAGUCAGGGCCUCCAAUGGCAUCAGCAGUGUGGUCUCAGAGCCCCACCAUAUCAGAUUACAGAGGCGUAUCAGGGCCAACCGCCUGGCAUCCUCCACAUCAGCACUUGUGAAUGCCAGUGUAAUCUUUGAGUGCAGAAUUAAUGUUGGUACUGAUGUUUCCUACCUGUGGGACUUUGGAGAUGGGACUGUAGACUUGGGGAAUAGCUCCGCCAGCCAUGUCUACAGCAGGGAAGGAGAAUUCACAGUGCAAGUUCUUGCCUUCAAUAAUGUCAGUGCCGCCUCCCUCCAAAAGCGCCUGUUCGUCACGCUCAAACCCUGCCAGCCCCCCCCAAUCAAGAACAUGGGGCCCAGGAGAGUCCAGGUCUGGCGGUCUCAGCCUGUGGAGUUAGGAGUGACGUUUGAAGACACUGUUCUCUGUGACAUCUCUCAAGUCCUUUCAUACAGCUGGAGCCUUAGGAACUCAACUGGGUGGCCAGUCCCCCUGCCUUCUACCAUCAGCAUGCACAGACAGAUCCUCGUCGUGCCCAGAUACUUUCUUGAGCCUGGCAACUACACUGCUUUGGCCAAGGUCCAAGUGGAAGGCAGUAUUGUGCAUGGGAACUACUGUGUGGAGGUGGAGGUGCAAGGCCGGGCUCCGGUCAGUGUGAUCUCCGAGGGAACACACCUCUUCAUCUCCAGGACCUCCGUAGUCAUCCUCAGGGGGACCCAGUCCUAUGACCCUGACUAUCCUGAAGCCACUCUCCGGUAUUACUGGAAAUGUACCGUGACUAGCACUCGGGAGCACCCAUGUUUCACCGCCUCCUCUCCACACAGCUUGGAUACCAGAACUUCUGCCCUGAUCUUCACAGCAAACUCUCUUAGUGACAGCUAUGAUCAGUUUAUAGUGUCACUAACAGUGUCCAGUGCUGGCCGGAACUCUUCAGAGACACGUGUGUUUCUGUCUACCCGCUCUGAUUCUGCACUCAGAUUUGUCCACAUCUCCCGAGUUAACUUUAAAGACAUCUUUGUUAAUUGGAAUGAAGAACUUUCUUUUCAAGUUGAGUGUGAAGACUGCAGUGAAAUAACAAAUCUGUCUUAUUCCUGGGAUCUCUUUUUAGUCAAUGCAACAAAAAAGAAUAAUAUAGAAGUUCCCUUUUGUAGAACAGUGGGACUGCUGGAAUCUUUGAGAUUUGGGACUGUUCCCAAGAUAUUAGAGCUAAAUUCACUCUCUGUGGAGCAAAAGAGAGCCGAUCUCUCUGAAAGGACCAUGCCAUACUCGUGGGAGCUGUUGAAGACCCUUGGCAAGGCUACUUCCAUGGACCCAGAGAGCCUCUCCAUGGAACCUCCUGGCAGCACACAUCAGACAUCUGCAUCUAGCAGCACUGCAGCACCAAAUGAUUCUGAAGCCUUUUACAGUGAUAUUCAAGAAGCAGUUCCAUCCGAAAGAAGACAACCAGGAAUCAGCCUUCCUGAAACGAGACCGAGUGUGACUGCUGUUGAAGGUCACAGUGGUGGGGAUAACUUGCUGGGUCCCAUCCCCACUCCUAGUCAUACGAAGUCCACACUCCUGGUGGACUGGCCCAAGUUCCUGCUCAGCCGAACCGUUUUCCAUGACUACACAUCCUCUGGACUCAUGGAACAAGCUGUGACAAUAAAGCCAUACUCACUGAGUCCUGGAGAGACAUACGUCCUACAAGCCUCUGUGGUUUCAAAGCACCAUCUGCUGGGGAAGGCUCAGCUAUAUCUGGCAGUUAACCAAGCUCCAAAGGAUGUGUCCUGCCAGGUGCUACCCUUCCAGGGCCUAGAGGCACAGACCAUCUUUAGUAUCUUCUGCAUGUCAGGAAAACCGGAUUUUUAUUAUGAAUUUAGCUAUCAAAUAGGAAAUACUUCCAAGCACACCAUGUAUCAUGGCAGAGAUGCCCAGUAUUAUUUUGCUUUGCCUGCCGGAGAUCCCACAAACAAUUAUAAAGUGCUAGUGUCCACUGCGAUCAGGGAUGGCCAAGGCUCUCAAGUACAGUGCGCUGUGGAAGUCACCGUGCUGCCCUAUUUCCAUGGCACUCAGUGCCCAGAAGAUUUCUAUAAUUCCAGCCUGAAAAAUCUAUCUACUCUCCAGUUAAUGGGAAAUUACUUAGAAAUCAGGAACUAUAUUGCUAUGAUCACCAGAGUCCUAAGUCGUUGGGCAAAGGAAGACAGAAGUUCAUCAUGUGGCCAGUGGUCACAGAUACAGGAUACACUCAUUUCUUUGGUAUGCAGAUUGGAAUUUACAAACCAGGAAGAAAUGAUUAAUUCUGUUCUUAUGUUAAGGGACCUCAUUGGAUUCCCUAAUAAAUUAAGUUUUAAGACUGCAGUUCAUAUUCUCAAAUACAGCCGGAUGCUGCUCACACAAAACCAAUACUCAGUGAAGUUUGAGGUUGACAAGAGAUCUAUGAGUGAACUCAUCCUUCUUGUAGCUGAAGUUUUGGAAGUAUCUGAGAAGGAAAAAUCAAGAAGGGUUAACUAUUUACGAGAAGAAGGAAAUAAGAUCAUCUCAGACUUAGGCUGCCUUUGUUUGAACAAGGGAAGUGAUCUCUACAUGAGCUCCAAGCAGGUGGAGUUCCGUGUGCUGCUUCAUCAUGAAUUUCAGAGCUCUUUGCAGAGCCUGGGUUCCAUCCAGGUGCAUUUACCUGCAGACAUAGCUACUCAUCGUCCUUCUGCAACAGAAAUGGAGAGUUUGCUCUUUAUCAGCCAGCUCAUGCUCUUCAGGAAGAAUCCAUAUCUAGAGGGACAAGCUCCUGGUCAGAUUGGUCAAGUCAUAUCCUUCUCCCAGUACAACUGCUCUAGCAGAAGGCCCGUCCGCAGACAGCGACUGAAGAAUCCUUUGACCGUGGACUUCCCAGAGGAAACUGACCUGGAAAAUGUGAGAAAUAAAAUGACAUUUAUAUUGAUUCAGGAUAAGGUGAAUUUUCAUAAACUCUUUGGGCUUUCUGAAAAUCUACUGGAAUCUCUACAGAUAAGAAUAGAAUUUUCUAAGCCCAUCACGAGUGUUUUUCCAGUCAUGUUGCUGGUAAGAUACUUUGAAAAGCCUACUCCCUCUGAUUUUCUCAUGAAACAGAUCUACCUCUGGGAUGCAAGUGUUGUGCAUAUUUAUCUCCCUGCUGUUUUACAAAAAGGUAACAACGUGGGGUAUUUAUCAUUAUUAUAUGCUGACUAUGAUAGAAAACCACAAUACAAAUAUUUUGCUAAGGCAGUGAAUUAUUCCAUACAUGUCCAUUGGAUACAGUGCAUAUUUUGGGAUUCAAGUCAGUGGAAAUCUGAAGAAUUCUCUCCACAACCAGGAACUUCUCCAGGUUCAGUGAACUGCAGCUACAAUCACCUGGCUGCAUUUGCUGUUUCAAGAAGAAAGUUAAAUACCAGUUUUGAAGUGAGUGACAUUUCCAUAUUACAGAGACGCCCAGAAAACCUGCUUCUCAGUAUCAUUGUUGUGAUUUUUAUAAUUCUUUAUGCUUUUAUGGUCAUUAAAAGUAAACAAGUAGAUCAUCGUGAAAAAAGAAAAAUGGGUUAUAUUUUUCUACAAGAAAGUUGUCCUCCUGACCACCAGCUGUAUGCUGUGGUCAUUGACACUGGUUUCCGGACCCCUGCCCGCUUCACUGCAAAGGUCUACAUUGUUUUAUACGGAGAAAAUGGACUUUCUGAGCCAAAAGAACUCUAUUGUCCAGACACACCCCUGUUUGAAAGCAACUCCAGACAUACCUUUAUUCUGAGUGUUGCUCCAGUACUGGGGACGCUUCAGAAAAUUCGCCUCUGGCACACCAGCUCUGGUUCCUCUCCUGCCUGGUUUGUAAGCCAUGUGAUGGUGAAAGAGCUGCACAGGGGGCAGGGGCAGUGCUGGUUCUUCCCUGCUGAGUGCUGGUUGUCAGUGAGCCAGUGGGAUGGCUGUGUGGAGCGGGAGCUGGCCUGCCUGUGGUGGGGCCUUGGUUUCUGGAAGCUUUUCUAUUCCAAGUUCGCAGAGUACCUGGAAGAUUUCCAUGUCUGGGUAUCGGUGUACAGCCGGCCCUCCUGCAGUGGCUAUCUCCACACCCAGCGGCUCACUGUUGCCUUCACUGUGCUGUGCACAUAUAUGUGUCUUGCUGCCCUGAUCAUUGCAGCGGGACUCGAGCAGGUCCCACGGCUCUGGUUGGAUGCUGGCAGCACUUCUGGCACUUGGGGCUACUUCCAGACGGGUUUCCUGUGCAGCCUCCUGGUUUCUCCUGGAGCACAGCUCUUGUCAUUGCUCUUCAGGCUCAGCAAGGAAUCCAGUGGGUAUUUCAGUGCAGAGCCACUUCUGCCGCUGAAAAGAGUGUGGACAGAAACAGCUCAAGGCCCUAAUUCCCUUAAGAGGAUGCCAGAUGCCCCAGAAACAUACAAGAAAAACCCGUCAGCUGAUCUUUCCGGCAGUGUUGGAGCCCAGAGGAGGGUGACGAGUCACAAUAACAUAAGCCGUCUGCCUCCUGAGCUGGAGGCCUUUGAGGCUAACUCUGACCAGUGGGCUGUAAGAGAGAAGAGUGUUCACAGUGCUCUUGAUUCACACAGUGAUGCUGCCCCCCAAGUGAGGCUCGAAGCACUCACCAUGCCCCGUUGUCUAAGAAUACCCUGGCCUCCGCUGGGCUCUGUAGCAUGGACUGUUUGUGGCACAGUUUCCAUGGCCUGUGGCAUGGCAACAGGACUUCUGGGAUUUAGGUUUGGCCCAGCACAGUGUGUCCAGUGGUCGUGCCUACUGACAGUGUCCAUAGUCUGCUGCGUCCUCCUCACCCAGCCACUCAUGAUUGGCCUCAUGGCGUUGAGUUUUGCUUGGAAAAGAAAAAAUGACAAACAUUUUUUCAUUGAAUCUUUGCAUGCUGCUACAAGGUAUCUGGAUUCUGAAUUAGUUGGGUCACCAAAGACUUGCACGCCCUUGUCUUCCACUUGCAGCAUUCCCAGCUAUGCCAGUGAAGCUGAGAAGGCAUUGGCAGCAAGACACCAAGCUCGAUGUUUGCGCUGGGCACGUCCACCUUCCACAGCCCAGCUCAGAGUCACUAGGAGUAGGAUGAGAAGAGAGAUGAGAGCACGUAAGGCACUGAGAGACAUUUACAUGCAUGUCAUCAUGCUGUUGCUUCUUUUAUUUAUAAUAUAUGGAACAUUCUCCCAGGAUGAAUAUUUUCUCAAUCAAGCAAUCAGGAAUGAAUUUACACGUGUGCGUCAUUCCAUGGGUGGCCUGAGCAGUAUGGAUGACUGGUGGCACUGGAGCCUGACCACACUGCUGGAUGGCCUGUACCGAGAAAACUCCUCUGCAGUUCACACACCAGGCCCCCAGCCCAUGGCUCUGGGAGGAAAGUGUUACCUAGUAGGCACUUUGGUCAUAAAACAGAUGAAAGUACCUCCUGGUAGUCUAUGCCAGCUUUCUGGUUCACUUCCAAUGCCUUUCCAGGAUUCUUUCCCCACACUUAAUCCCAGAAUCAGAGACCCUACGAUUCUCUCCAUGAUUGACCCAGAGAUCCAGAAUGUAGCUGGGAGCUCCAGGGAUGACUGUGAGUUCCAUCUGGGCAGCACAAGGCCUGCCAUUCGAGAGACCCUUCUGGACCUCAGGGCCAGAAAAUGGACUGACCACAGAACCAGGGCUGUGUCCAUAUAUUUCUCCCUCUAUAAUCCACCAUCUCAACUCUUCUCAAGUGUAUCAUUGACUGCAGAGGUUCUCCCCACUGGGAGACUCACCCUCUCUGCCCUGGUGGAGUCCUUUACCAUAUUCCAUAGCAACUCAUCCCUGCAGUCCUACAGAAUGCCUCUCGAGCUGCUUUUCCUGGUACUCAGCCUGAUUCAACUCUGCACUGAACUCUAUGACAUGAUUGAGAGCGGUGUCUACAGCUAUUGGCAAAAACCAAGGAGUUGGCUGGAGUUAUCCAUGACUGGAGUCAGCCUUGUCUACCACAUAGCCUCCAGCCACUGCCUUACUCUCACUAGAGAAGUGAUGGACCAGUUACACAAAGGACUUUUUCAAGGAUUUGUGGACCUGAGUCAUAUGGCUUCAUGGAAUCAGAGGGCAAGAUGGAUCCAAGGAAUCCUUUCCUUUCUCCUGAUACUGAAAUUCCUUUGUUUACUUGGCAUUCAAAAGACAAUGACCUUCAUGCGCCUUUCACUCUCCUUUGUCAUUGCACCAGGGCUUGUGGGCGUUCUGAUGCUAGCUGCCUACUUCCACCUACAUGGAUUUCUGCUCUUCACCAAGACUCUGACUUCUGGAACCUUCUCACAAUCCCUCCACGGUCAGCUGUUUCAUUUUCCAGGAAGAAGCCAAAGAGAUUCCUUCCUUGGGUCCUCCAUAUAUGAUCAACAUUACAAGGCUUGGUUCUAUGGGAAAGGAGCAUUUUUCAUAUUAAUGACACCUGUGUGGUUCGGAAUGGUAUGUGGACGCACCCAGGAUAUUGACAUGAAGGUUUGCAAAGGUUUCUUCUGCAGGCCGUUGAGAGGUUCUCUCAUGACUCUUGCCCACAACAGAAAAUAUUUUCAAAGAAAAUUUCUUGUGCUCCUUAAAGAUGUGGCUGCUUACAUGUGGGGAAAGGUUCUCACCUUCAUCGGAAAGCCCAAAGUGGAAGAGAUCCAAGUGGUUGAAAAUCAUAAUUGCUUCUUGGACGAAUUUGAAGAUCUUUUAGAUGAACUUUUAUUGAAGAUUAAUGGUUUGUCUGAUUGUCUAGAAUUUCCUCUCUUAGAACAACAAUCUGAAUAUAUGCUGGAAACCAAUGCAGAAGAUAUUCCCUUGCAGACAGGAGAGUGACCCCAAGAAGGACUCCUUUGUGACUGUGGCACCUUCUUCAAUCAAGAACCACAGUUUACCCUUUUCCCUGAUGGCCUUUGCUGGAAGAAAGUCAGAGAGCAUGAAAGCAUCUGAUCCCU